AUGGCGUCUCCUUCAGACGGUGAUAUCCGUUCGCAGACGCCAAUGGCGCAAGACCUGUCCUCUUCGACCGUCAACGCUGCUGAGAGCCAAUACACGCCUGCCGACUACAAGCGUGUGCUACGCAAGGUCGAUAUGAUCCUGCUGCCUCUCAUGUGGGUAUGCUACGGCACCCAGCAGGCCGAUAAGACUUCUAUUUCGACUCAAGCCACGUUUGGGAUGCGCGAAGACACAGGCCUGGUCGGACAGCAGUUCUCCUGGUUGACCACCAUAUUCUACAUCAUGUAUCUUAUCGGCGAAGCCCCCGGUAACUACAUCAUGCAGCGUACUUCAUUGCGCUACACCUUGGCCGCCUGCAUGUUCGUCUGGGGAAUCAUUGUGCUCAGCAUUGGCUUCACCCAUAAUUUCACCCAGCUCAUGGUGCUGCGCGCCCUCCAGGGCUUCGCCGAGUGCACCAUCUCACCAGCUUUCCUGCUGAUCACUGCCACCUUCUACGUCUCGCGCGAGCACACGAUGCGCUCCAUCGUUUGGGGCACCUCCAACGCUGGCAUGGGAAUCAUCACGCAGCUCAUCAUGUACGGCAUUGGCAAGGGCGCCGCGCACAACCCCAAUGGCAUGCAGCCGUGGCGGUACAUUAGCAUCUUCCUUGGCUGUCUGACCAUUCUGCUCAGCGUCUUUUCCUACUUCAUUCUCGGAACCCCGAACGAAGUCAAGUGGCUCAACGCCGAGGAGAAGCGCAUUGUGGCUGCCCGCGUAGUGAGCAAUCAGACGGGAUCCGAGAGACAGAAGCACAGCGAGUGGAAAUGGGACCAGGUCAUCUCGGCAUUCAAAGACCCACAGACGUACUUCUUUUUCUUCACCGUCAUUGUCAACUCGUUGCCGAAUGGAGGAACCACAUCGUUUGGAAACCUAGUGUACGUGUCGUUCGGCUUCACCCCCUUGGAGACGCUCGUGAAGGGCAGAAUCCCCCAGGAUGUCGUUUCAAUUUGCUGGUUUCUCUUUGUCGGAAUCAUGACUCUGAAGAAACCCAACCUCCGAUUCAUCUUUAUGGUCAUUUCUACAAUUCCCGCCUUUAUUGGCAUGCUCGCCCUCGCCCUCCUCCCCAAGGAUGGCAUGCUCUGGACUCGCUGGGGUCUCUACCUGAUGACUGUCACUGGAAAUUUGCCCGGCCUCCUCAUUUGGACGUUCCUUCCGUCCAAUGUCGCCGGUCGUACUAAGAAGUCCGUCACCGGAACUGUUAUCUUUGUCGCAUACUGCGUUGGCAACUCCAUCGGCGCCCAGACCUUCCGAGCUGAGUGGGCACCUAAGUAUAUCCCAUCCAUCAUUAUCUGCGCGACCAUGUACGCGCUAGAGUGCUGUCUCUUCAUCUGCUGGAGGUUCUAUUACAUCUGGCAAAACAAAAUCCGAGAUAAGAAGGUGGCUGAAAUGGGCCUGACAGCUGAGGAGUCUGCUCACCAAGGCCAGAUCAACGGAGAGUCGGAUAUGACCGACCGGGAGAACAUCCAUUUUCGAUACAGCAUGUAG